AUGCCUACACAAAGGCGCCGCCGUCCCGCCCAAGACGAGGAAUCAGAGGAAGAUGUUCGUCCCCGUCAACGAAAUAGGGUCGACUCUGAGGACGAGAACGAACAAGAACCAAGCGAUGCCGAAAUGGAUGGAGACCAACACCAUACCCAAAGUGCCGACGAUCAGCUGGUGAAGAAGCUGGUGCGGUACGUUAUUUCCUGCGAAUAUUCGAGAACCGCGAUCCGCCGAGACGGUAUUAAAGAGCGAGUCCUCGGCACCCAAGGCCGAUCAUUCAGGCGCAUCUUCGAUUCGGCGCAAACACAGCUCAGACGGGUCUGGGGCAUGGAAUUGAGGGAGUUGCCUGUUAGAGAGAAGAUGUCACUCCAGGAAAAGCGUCAAGCUAUGAAGGCUAAUGCCCAGCCCAAGCUCGGUUCUGGUGCCUACAUCCUUACGUCGAUAUUACCAGAAGCGUAUCGCCAUGCAACAAUCCUCGCCCCAUCCAAGACACCAAGUGCGGACGACGAAGCUACAUACGCAGGAUUCUAUACAAUGGUCAUUUCGGUGAUUUCCCUGAGCGGCGGAGAAUUGAGCGAACAGAAGUUGAAGCGUUAUCUCCAGCGGCUCAACGCCGACCAGAAUGUAUCAAUGGACAAGACAGAAAUAAUCCUGAAGAGGAUGGAGAAACAAGGCUACGUCAUCAAGAGAGUUGAAAGACCACCUUUGGGCCAAGACGGCGACCCAACUACGACGUGGCAUGUCGGUCCUCGUGGAAAAGAAGAAGUCGGCGUUGACGGUGUGAUGGGCAUGACGCGGGAGGUUUAUGGCGACAGCUGGAAUGACGAUAACGAGAAGAAGCUUCGUGCGAGUCUGAACAUCAGGGAUGCGCCUCAACAGGACGGCGAAGAAGACGACGAAGCUGUGGGCGAAGGCAGUCGAAUGCAGGGAUAAGACAAAAGAGAUGAGGACUAAUGUCGACAUUAUGAUACCCCAAUACAGACCAAACAAUUAAUUUUAAAGAUUGAGACUGUUCGCG